AUGAUGAACGGCUUCGACAAUCUUUCAUUCAAUCAACUUUUUGGAGGCGCCGAUGAAUUGCAGAAACUUCUGAAUGCACAAUCAAAAGUAAACACAGGAAAUUCGGAUGCUGAAUUCAUCACCCGAAUGAGCUCGUCGAGCCCUCAUUCGGAUAAACUCGACUCACCCGAUACGGGCAUUGCUCUCGGUGAUUAUUCCAGUCAUUCUCCUGAUCAAGCCGUUUCUCCCAGUGAUCGAGAUGAGACGCCAACUUCCUUGGUUUCUCCAUCUGAUUCAAAUGAAGAGGAGAAAAUUGUGAAACAAGAGCCCAAUGAGGAAUUCGAAGAAGAGAUACUCACUGAAGAUCAAAGACUUCAAAGACAAAUCCUUCGAUUAACCGGCAUGGAAGUUUUGAAUGGGUUCACAGAGACAAAAAGCGAAGAAAUCAAAUCUACUCCGUCCACCCCAGUCGCUUUCCCCAACAUGAUGUCUCAACUCUCGCAACAUCUCUCUUCUCCACCGCCAUUCCCACCUGGUUUCCAGCAACAAAUCCAGCAGCUCAUGGCUCAAGGUGGAGGCCCUCUACAAGCUUUUGGUCUGCCAACACCAAACUUUCCUGGAAUCCUCCCACCCAUGACUGCUUCGUCCUCUUUUUCGGCGGCUCCUCCCAUCAUUCCAUCAAUGACCGCAUCUGGAGCCACAAAUCCUGAUGGAACUCCGGCACCACAGAAGAGAAAACGACAAAGGAGAAACCCGGUUUGGCCGUACUUUGAUGUGAUUGAUGGAACAGCACGCUGUAAACAAUGUCUCUACUCGACGAAGAGCGUUUUCUCUACAAAUCUCAAAGUGCAUCUACGAAGUCAUCAUCGAGCUGAUUACGAUAAGGUGAUCGAAGCAGAGGAUGCGUUGAAUUUGAACGCGUUACUUCUUUCUGGGAACGCCGGUGGACUGCUUGGAGGACGAGCUCAAAAGCGUCAACUUCCACCGAUGACCUCCUCAAUUCUUCACACCAUCAAUAAAUUGGCAACGCAAGCCGCAAAAGGUGAUGAGUCAAAUGCGUUAAACAGUGUGCUUCGACAGACGCUUGCUGCCGGAAAUUUGCAACAACAGAUGCAACAAGCGGCGAAAACUCUUCCAUUCAACAUGCAAAACGCGGCCGCUCAACUACAGGCGAAUUUUAUGGGAAGACAAUUGGCUGACGCGCUUCAAGGACACGGAAAUCCUGUUGCCCAACCACCAAAAACUCCAACUCCAGUCCAUCAUCCGCAAUCGCCCAUUGCUCCACUACCACCGACACCUCUUUCAGCCGCCUCAACACCUAGCACUCCCACCACUCCAGCUCCAUCCUCAGCUCCAGUCAUUGCCGAGCAAUUCUUCAAACAAUUCAACAUUUUCCCUGCUGCACUGGGUGGCCUUCAAUCACCAUCCCUCGAAGCACCGCAACCUAAACGUCGACGUCUUCGUCGACAUCCCGUUUGGAUGUUCUUCAGAGAUCUCGAAGAUCGGAUGGUUGGCUGUAUCAGUUGCAACUUCAGAACUGGCUCCGCUUUUUCAACAAACCUCAAAAUGCACCUUAAAGCCCAUCACAAGGAAGACUAUCAUAAAGUGAUGAAAUUGGAGGAUGAGAUGAGAAUCGAAGAGGGAAUCCUGCAUCCGAAUAAGAUCAAGAGUGAGCUCAUCGAUUUCAUUCGAGGUGGAGGAAAUGCAUCACAGAUCAUGCCCGGAACACAUCAACAAACGGGAUCACCAACCGCUCCUCGGCCAUCUCCUCUUGUACAGCAAUUCAUCUCACAGACACUCAAUGGUUGCCAAGCAAAUAGUCACGAUGAGGCUUUUGAAGGAAAUCAAAAAAAUGGAGCCACAGCUGAUAUUGUGACUGGGUGUGCUCUCGAUGAGGAGACGUUGAGCAAAUUGAGCAUGGGAGAUCGUUUGGCUGCACUUGUCGGCGGUUUCAAUCCAGCUUCUGAAGAAUCAACAGCAUCGUCGGGAGAAGUGGCUGACAAUAUGGCUUCUGACUUGCUGACACGUUUGGGUUUGAUUCCACCAAAGAAAGAGGAGAACGCGAUGAGUGAAUUGAGAAGAGCCGCUGAAAGAGUCGCCGCUGCAUCAAGACCCGCCAACAGGGCUGUGUGCAAUUUGGCCGAUGUUCGCAGUGUUCUCACUGGUGCUUCCGAUACAAAAACCUCAUCAUCGGCUUCGUCAGAGGGAGAAGAUGUGCGAAAAAAUCACAGGGAUCGAGCUCUUGCAAAACUCGUUUCUCAAUACGAUUUCCUUCUCGGCAACAGUCUAUUCCGGGAUUUCGUGCACGUGUUGGCUCCAGACUACGAGGUUCCCGAAAUGGAUCAACUUGUCGAAUUACACGAGGGGAGUCAAAGUCCUCAAGAGCAUACUGAAGAUGGGCAAAUUCCCAUUCACAUGCCAGCUCUUCUCCAA